AUGUACCCGAAGGACAUUGUAGUGGCCACACCUGGUCGCUUGCUGGAUCUUUUGAGUAUUGCGUCCUUUCGCGAGGCUAUCUCGACUACUCAGACGCUUGUAUUGGACGAGGCUGAUAUGCUACUGGAACUUGGUUUUCGCGAGGAUAUCCAGUCGAUCAUCUCGCAUUUGCCGUCCAACGAACAGCGUACUACGUUUCUUUUCAGUGCUACUAUGGACACCUCUAUCACAGAGGUCGCCCGCGCUGCGCUGCAUGAAAAACAUCGUUUUAUUGAUUGUGUACCACCAGGCGAAGACAGUGUGCAUAAGCGGAUUCCUCAGACCAUUACUACCUUGCAAAAUCCUUCAGAGCUGCUAUCCCAUAUCAUGCGCCUAAUUGCACAUGAUCAAAUGGUACACGGGCCUCGUUCCAAGAUCAUGCUAUUUACUUCAACGACCAAGCUCACAGACAUGCUGGCCAACAUGGUGCAAGUCAUGCUACCGUCGCUUCCUGGCUCCAAGAAUACCCAGGUGUUCCGAAUUCACAGUAUGUUGGAUCAAUCAAAGCGUUCAAAGAUUAGCCAGCGUUUCCGGCAAUGCAAUAACCAACCUAGCAUUAUGUUUACGAGCGAUGUCAGCGCGCGUGGCGUUGAUUAUCCUUCGGUGACUCGUGUUAUUCAGUUUGGUAUCCCUCCCUCCAAAGAGAUGUAUGUGCAUCGCGUAGGACGCACAGGGCGUCGCGGUCGUGACGGUCGUGCUGAUUUGGUCGUUAUGGACUUCGAGACCGCCUUUGUUGCAUUCCAACUGAAUGACAUGCCGCUUGAGACGCUCCACGCAGCUUCAUUUGCCGAAGAGGUUGAUCAGCUGGCCCAAAAGAACGAUCAUGCUCCACUUCCUUCGUUGAUUGCACCGAUUGAGCCUCGCCUUAAGAUGCUCGAGGUCCUUGGUCCAGGGCCUCAUGGGACUGUCGGAAAAACCAACGCCAACGCCGGCCAUGCGCCAAAUGUUGGGUCCUUCGUUCAAACCUUCCUCGCGGCGCGGAGGUUUUAA